UACCUGCCCCAAGUGGAGAUGAAAAUGCAUACUGACCAACCCAACUUGAAGAAAUUAAGGGAGAAGACUAAGACUGCCUAUGGGGAGCACCAAAACUGAGUUAUACUUUGUUUUCAUGAAUUAUGAUCCUGAAUACCAGCGUCUUCGAGCUGAUCGAACUAAGAAAGGGGCGUACGAGCUUGAUUUGUACCUGAGUAGGAAGCACGAUGAGCUGUUGGCAGGCACCCUUCAAGCUGGCAGCUACAAGAAGACCUUAUCUUUGGUCAUUGUUGAUGGUUUUGCAGUUGAAAUCACAGAGGCCCAGGCCAAUGUGCUUAGAUCUGCCAAUGGGGUAAGAGUUGUGGAGAAGAAUCAAGAGCUUGCUUAGUGCCGCUAGCUAUAGAAUACAAGAAGCUUGGAAUUUGCAGAAGAGAAGUGAAAUGGGUUUGCUGAACAAUUGUACUUGUAGGUUGAGCGGUCUCUGUUAGACAGAAGGGUUAAGACUGAUGGUUUCUUGGGAGAUCUGCGUCAGGAAAUCUCUAUUUUGAUGCCAUUAUAUUUGCCACUUUUCUAUUAGGAGAUCUUUGAGAUUACUAUUUCUCUAGCUCUCAUCAAUUAGUGAUUUAAGAGAUUAUAUAUUGCAAGUAUAUAUAUAUAAGUAGUGUUAGCUGCUUUUGAAUUAAAAUCAAUAUAAGCUAGAUUGAUCUUAUUGCAUUUGA